GUUUGUUAUGACAAGUCGAGGCCUCGGACUAAAUUAGGAGCGAAGCCCCUGUCUCUGCCCGGGCGAAUCCGCGAUGGAGGGCAUGGACCUGGACCUGGACCAGGAGCUCAUGCAGAAAUUCAGCUGCAUGGGUACAACUGACAAAGAUAUCCUAAUAUCGGAAUUUCAGAGGCUGCUCGGGUUCCAGCUAAACCCCGCCGGAUGCGCCUUCUUUCUGGACAUGACCAACUGGAAUUUACAAGCAGCCAUCGGAGCCUACUAUGACUUUGAGAGUCCCAACAUAAGUGCACCAUGCAUGUCCUUUGUAAGGGAUGUGACUAUUGGCGAGGGCGAGUCGGUUCCACCAGACACACCUUUCACAAAGACCUGGAGAGUACAGAACACAGGUGCAGAGUCAUGGCCUCCUGGGGUUUGUCUCAAGUAUGUUGGAGGAGAUCAGUUUGGUCAUGUAAACAUGGUGAUGGCACGCUCUCUAGAUCCUCAGGAAAUGGCUGAUGUUAGUGUGCAGAUGCAGAGCCCUGCGUCUCCUGGCAUGUACCAGGGCCAGUGGAGAAUGUGCACAGCCACCGGACUUUACUUCGGAGAUGUCAUUUGGGUGAUCCUGAGUGUGGAGGUUGGAGGCCUCCUUGGUGUCACACAGCAGCUUUCUUCUUUCCAAGCAGAGUUCAACACCCAGCCUCACCGCACCCUGGAAGGAGACUACAACCCCUUUGCCUCGCCAGAGAAGAGCAAGUGCCCCAACAGCAACAACAACAGCCUCCAUGAUGCCAGCGGCCAUAUGGUCACAGAGGAACAUUGGCAGGGAAACCCCAACCAGCUGCAGCAAGAUCAGAAUGGACUUUCACACAACUCUGUGGAUAGAGUAGCAAACAGUCUACAAAGCAAUCUAUCAAUAGUAUCUUAUAACCAGGGUAUACAGGAGCCCUAUCCUUUUGGGCACUCUUAAAUCAUGGGACUUGUCACAGUGAAGCAGCACUAAACCUCUGGAAUCUGUCACACCAAUAAGAGAAAGAAGAGGCUUUAUCAGUAGCUGGUCGAGAGUGUGGAGAUUUAAAAACACUUUAUGCAAAGUCCAGCUACACUUUGAGAAACCAGAGGCCAACAAUCCCAACGUGCAGCUCAACCAACCUCCCACGACCCACUGUAUGCACGUGUGAAUGCUAAGUUAAAACUGAGUGCUAUGAGUCUUUUGAGUGAUACAUUUUUUUUCCAGAUUUUUUUUAGUUGUCAGAGUGCAAAUGAAACAAUGAUGACAGGAGUGUGUAUUUGUGAAAUUGUGUGUAUAUGUGUGUGCAUUGUGCAAACUGAAAGAGAGACUUUGGAGGAAAAGCCAUUUAUUUUUGCCAACUGAUUCUCCAGUUUCUGCUCUGACUCUUGGUAGAUUAAUUAGGUUUCUGGACCUGUUCCCUGUAACUAAAUCUAAUUAUAUAGGUAUCUCUGAAACAGACAGUUAGAUAUCAUUAUUUGCUUUUUAUCUUAAUUUUAAUGUACACUUUUUAAGGGAAAGGGAACAGCCACAUUCUUCUAAAAAUAUAUCUGAAGCUAAUUUAGCUGGCUUGUGCAUUUUGG